UUAUUCGCCGUGACGUCACAAAUCUGUCACGUGACUAACUGGUUGGCAGAAAAACAAGAAAUGGCCGCCUGCGGUGAUAACAACUAAGGUUAUUAGUCAUGGUUGUUUCGUGCUGCGUGAUCGGCUGUACUAAUAGAUACAACAAACACAAUCAUAAAAGUUUUUACCGGUUUCCCAAGAAACCAGAUCAAAGAAGAAAGCUCUGGAUCGCGGCGAUAAAGCGGAGAACAUUGAAUGGUCAACCGUGGGAGCCGGCAGAUCAUGACCGAGUUUGUCAUCUGCAUUUUGUGACAGAGCCGUCCACAUCAAUUCAUGAUUCUUGUGUGCAGAAAAUUUGUGACCUCCGGAAAGAAACUCAGCAGCUCUAUGCAGAGUUAGGACGACUUCAAGAGGAAAAUUUGCGUUUGUCAACCUUAUUAAACAAGCAACAUUUAGAACAACAAGUGAUAGAAAGUGAUAGAAAGCUGCAAUUUCACACUGGCAUUCCAUCCGUGGCAAUAUUCUUGUGGCUGCUUUCAUUUGUGGAAUGUGUGUUACCUACAAGCAGAGUCAUGUCAUCUAAGAGUGUUCUAUUGUGUGUUCUUAUGAAGCUAAGGUUAAAUCUGCAGCAUCAGGAUCUAGCCUAUCGGUUUAAUGUUUCGCUGACCACAAUUUCUGACAUUCUUAAUCAAGGACUUCCAAGACUUGCUAGAAAACUUUGUUUCCUUAUUCAGUGGCCAGAGAGAGAGUACCUGAUAGCAAAUAUGCCACACAUAUUCAAGGUCUCAUACCCAAGGUGUUCCAGCAUCAUUGACUGUUUUGAAGUCUUUAUUCAGAGACCUGGAAAGCUAACAGCUAGAGCACAGACAUGGUCUAACUAUAAACAUAAUAACACCAUAAAGUUUUUGGUUUCCAUAACACCAACAGGGGCCAUUUCUUUUGUAUCAAAAGCAUUUGGUGGGAGAACAUCAGACAAAGUGAUCACACUCAGAAGUGGAUUUCUGGACAACAUUCAGUAUGGUGACCAGGUUUUGGCAGAUCGGGGGUUUUUAAUUUCAGAAGACUUGGCCAACCGUGGUGCAACACUUGUUAUACCUUCAUUUACCAAGGGAAAGGCCCAAUUAUCUGCUAAAGAGGUUGAACUGUCUCGCAGGAUUGCUCAUUUCCCCACUUGA